AUGAGUGUGGAGAGAAUUGCGUACAUCGGACGCCGUUCCAGUGACUGCUACCCUUACGAACCGCAGAACUUUGACCGCGCGGCAGUGGGCUUAACAAUACCUUUGGAUUGUGAUGCCUUUGCAGAAUCAACCUCCAACAUGUCUUCUUCUCCGCCAUCACAAAAACGAAGGACGACAUUGAGCCGGUCGAGUUUUGUCAUUUUGUCAACGCUGUUCAUACCGCUAGCGGCUGCUCAGGCAGCUGGGAGCUGUAUUUCACUAGCUACUUCUCGCACCUGCACGGCUUUUAACAGUUCCUCUAUAUCUACUUCAAACGCUCUGGUUGGAAAUUUCCCUUUUCUUCAAUAUGUCGCCAAUAUAGAGCAGUUCGACAAUCAAUUCGAACAAUAUAUCAAACAAGAUUAUGCCAAACACAAGUUUCAAGAUUUGUUUGGUUGUUCGAACCUCACGCUUUCCAAUACUACUGAGUUAUAUGCACGUUAUACGCGGAGCGUCCUAUGCUCCCGAAUGAUUCAAGAUUCACGAAAACUAUGUUCGCUUUCGAGCCAUGCCUCAACCCCCAUCUGUGCGGAUACUUGCGCUGAAUUCGCGAUCAGCGAACAAAUAAUUAUCUCAAAUGAGGAUACUUGUGGAAGCAAUUCGGCAGAUACUCUUGACUUGAUACGUUCCGACUUCACCAUCUGUGCCUUGCCAUCAGAUUCUCUCUCGGGAAAAUGUAUUCAAGGGGAAGAGAACGAAUCUUACAAUUGCGGUUACAACGAGAAUUUACCUGGACUGUGUCUCUAUUGCGCUAGCGGUUCACCAAAUUCGACGGAUACAUGUUGUUACAAUUCGAAUGCUCAAAAGAGAUGUGCUGACGUUGACCUCCCAACUGCGACCGCCUUGCCCCCUAUAUUCACCACUUCUUCAAUCCCGUCGGCAACUAGCUCAUCAGGUUCGGGUAGUUCGGGUGGCUCGGGCAGUGGAAAUGGGCUUUCUGGAGGUGCGAUUGCUGGAAUUACAGUUGGUGCUCUUGUUGGAGUGGCUCUCGUUGCUUUCCUUGUAUUAUUCUGCCGGAGGAGGAGACGCGGUGUCCCCUCACCUACUUUCACUCAGCCAACCCGAACCUACAGAAGCCCGUCAAUAACUUUUAAUCCUGUCGCAAAUGUGCAUGCUCAGGGAUACGAGGUUCUCGCUGGGGGCCGGAUCGCCAGAAUGUCUGCUCUUGAAACGACUAACAUUGCAUCGGAGGGCGACCCAUCAUCUCCAGCAGUCAUUGCUAGCGGUGGCCGUAGGGUUAUCGGCAAUAGCUCGUCGUCUUCCGAUUUCGGCCUGGAGGAUAGCCCUGAAUCGCAUAACCAGCGAAAAUAUUCACCCCAAGGUCGCCCAUUACACCCACCACCACGUGACCGAAAUGCCUCUCUAUCUAGUACCUCAAUUCUAGCCCCUGAUAACACAACUUCGCCUAUUACGGAAAGCGAUAGGGGACCUUCUUCCCCUCAAUUUCCUAGUCCACAAUCGGAACAAUUGCCAUUCUUCAAGGACUAUUAUUCGUCCGAUGAUAUGCACCCGGGCGAUAAGGUGGCGGUUCUCUGGGCAUAUGCACCACGAGCCCCCGAUGAAUUCGAACUUGACAGGGGUGACAUGAUUAAAAUCGUGGGCAUCUGGGAUGAUGGGUGGGCGACCGGGAUCCGCUUGAGCGAGAGGGCUGAGGAUUUCAUUAAUCGCCGUCACAUGCGCGAUAGUGGGAUAUCUGCUUCACAGAUGUCGCAACGUCGGGCAUCCUCUCCCCCUCCCAGGGGUGAAGUUAAAGCCUUCCCUUUGGUAUGCGUUUGCUUGCCAGAACAUUGGCACAAAACCAUUGAGAGUGAUACCCAGGGUACUGAGUUUGCCUCGCAAACCAUGGGUGAUCCAGCGGAGGGAAGCAGUAUAAAAGAAGGUCGGCUGCCGGAUGACUCCAACACAGAGAGAUCAUUUUCUCCCGAGCGAAGGCUAACCCUCAAGGGUUCUAGUCGGUUCCGAGAAGACCUGAAUGUCCCUCGAACUGGAUCCUCACCGCCCCCUUGAAUUUGAUGCUAAAGGUAAAUAGUCAGAUUGGAAAAAUGAAAAUGGUCCCCCGACCUUAUACUUCCGUCAUUCUUGUUUCAAUUUCAGUCAUGGUUUGGGUUGGUGAAGGAAUGCUCGGGUUUUAAUGAUGUUACUUUUAUUGUUCCUGACUCUGUUCUCUCUCUUGUCGGGUCACUGUAUCCUUUUUUAUUUAUUUUUAUUUUGUCCUGUUAAAUAUUCUUUUUAGCGGAGUUUGGCUGGCUGUACUUUUUUCUUCCUUUUUUUCCUACUAUUCCCCCCCCCCAUAACGUGAUCUGCAUCUGCACCGCAGCAUUGAAAACAAACAAACAAAAGGAAGGAAGGAAUCCAGCAGUAGUAAAAAAACCCUUUUUUUAUUUUCUCUUUGUCGUUCCUUUUGCGGUUAAUUUAUACUAUACCCUUUCCUUUAUCUUUUCUGUUUCCCCCUUGAAUAGAUGAUGGGGGGAUUAUGUUUUUGCGAUGCGAUGCUAUGCGAUGUAAGCUAACUACUCACACAUCCCCUUUCAUCCUCCCUGCUACCCAUCCACCUGCCGGACUUACCCCCCACUCAUACAUGAGCCAAGCACAUGCGAAGCAUAGAAUUUGUUUUCCUUUCGCUUUCCUCCCUCCCUCCCUUCCGCUUCCACCUGCCUCGUGCAGGGCGCGGCGAGGUAAGUUAAUAUUGGCGUGGUAAUGGUCAGGGUGUGUGGUGUGUGAAAGGCUGGUUCGUUCCCUCCAUAUUAUUUCAUUCCUCAUACACUAUUCACUUGAAUCGGUGGCCUCUUUGCUUCACUUCUGCUUGCUUUCUGUAUGGAUGGAUGGUAGGGGCUCUGAUUAUUCUGUUAUGGAUUGGAUUGGGGGGGGUUGGGUUUGGGCUGGUGUGAUAGGAUAUUUGAUCAGGGUUUAGUUUGGCUGUGCGGAGUGGAGGGACGUGAUAGAGGUGGACUUUAGUAGAAGUGUUGCGGCAGCCUGCGUGCUUGGUUUUGAUAAUGAAGAGAGGGUGUCGGUCGGGGGGAGGGAGGGUUAUUUGUAAUAUGACUGGAUGAAUUAUUGC